CCAAAUUCUUGUUUGCGACAUUCAGGCUUCCGUUACGGAAACAGCAAUGGCGGGCUUUCCAAAGAGUUUUGUUUAUUAUGAUUUCCUUUAAGAUUUUACUUGGACAGUAUUGAUAUGAGUUCCAGACUUAAUCCUACAGAGUGUCAAUCUGCUUUUGAAGAACUGUACAAGAGCUCCCCAGCUCCUAUAGUUUUGAGGUCCACGAGUUUCAACAAUGGCAACAAGUCUGUGUUCAUAAGUCCCAAACCCCUGUGUCACCAACUCAUAAGUCCACGGCCAAUCGUCACCUCUACAUCAGGGCCGAGGGGAGAACUGAAGGCCCAGGUAUUCGAGUCCCUCAAGAAACCCAGUGAUGCAAGGACUGGUGAUAAUGUCAUUCCAUCGGGUUGCAACACAAAGCACGCAAUGACAGAGGGAGGGGAGGGACAUAGUACAGUGUCAUCACAUGGGAAACAUGAGGCUGGUAUUGGUACAACCACGCCCACCCAGCCGGACACUUCCACAGCUGAUGUCAUGCCGGCUCUGAAGGAUACUACACAAAGGGACAUUGGGGAGGAAGAUGAAGAAGAUGACCCGAUUAUUGACAACUUUUUUUCCAAGAAGAUGCCACGAGACACUGACUCUCAGACAGAAGAACAAGAAGGAGAAGAAACAUGCCAAGAUGCUGAUGUUGAGGAUGCAUCAGAAAUGUCUUCGUCAGAGGAAGAGGACUUGCCAAGGACAAGAGCCAGCCUGAAACAAGGCCACGAGAUUUCUCAGCAUCAAUCUACCAAACUGUAUGAGUGGAUUGUCAAACCAAUACCUCACUCCAGGGGAUUUGUCUGGAUGGCAAGAGGGAUAAGGAGAUAAACGAGUACUGGCAGACAGGUGUUGUAACAGAGAGGGUCACAGCAACCGUGGUAGCCACGUCCAGCGGAUCACGUUAUCAGCUUGUUGGACAAAUGGAUGUGUAUGAGGCAACUGAAGCUGGAAUCCCUCCUGAAACUGCCAAGAAGUUCAAGAAAGGGUUUCCAGACAACUGGCUCCAUUUGGUGGAGGAGUUUUUCUCCUCCCUUGAUCAAGAGGGUGAAGACAGUGUUGUCGAAGACAGUGUUGUUGAAGACGAUGACGUUAAUGAGCAUGUACCUGUCACCCUAACAAAACUCAAAUCAGGAAAGCGAGAACAUGACAAGUAUUACAUCGACUCUCAAGAGAGUGAGGAGGAAGAAGACAAACAGGAGGAAGAAGACAAACAGGAACAAGAACAAGAACAACAGGAAAAACAGGAGGAACAGGAGGAACAGGAUGAAAACCGACGAGCAAGAUUUUCUCGAACUUGUAAUUCAAACAAUAGAUAUGCUAGUAAAUCAACAACCGACUCUGAAAAAGACACCAGAAGAAAGUCAUCUAGCGAAGAUAUUUUCAAACCAAAAGAAAGUACCAAUGUUCAGAAGAAUAGGGUUAAUGAUGAGGUUAUGCAACCGAAGGACACCAGUAAGAAGGUGUUAUCUUCACAAGAAGAAGCAUCUUCGGCGGAUGAAACAAAGGUGGCAGAUCAAAGAAAUGAAGAUUCGGCUAAAGAUAAGAAGGUGACCAAGCUGCACCUGUGGAUCAUCAAACCCAUGCAGAGCAAGCUUGGAGUGUGUCUUGAAGGGCAGAGAGACCGAGAGGAUGAAUACUGGCACAGCUCGGUGAUCUGUAAGCGACUUGAUCAGAAACGGGUAAUGACGUCUUCUGGAUCCAUCUAUCAACUUGUCGGACCCAUUCAGAAACUGGAUGCGCUUGAAGCUGGUAUUCCAGAGAGAAUUGUGAAGGCUUUUCAAAAUGGCUUCCCAAAGAACUGGGAGAAUAUUUUGAAGAAAUACUAUGUUGAUAUAGAGAGUGCGUCUGAAACAACUGAGACAACAGAGACAACCACAAGUUCUGUUAAAAACACGAAAAAAAGGAAGUCUCGUAGGCACGCUAAGAAAAAGAAGCCUGUGUCUGAAGAUGAAGAUGAAGAUCCAAAUAAUAAAACAUUGUGCACACCUUCAGGACAGAGGGUUGAUCUAGAGAAACUGCCUCAGACUCGUAGUGGAAGACAAGUUCUGCCGCGGCUUGCCUGGUGGAUGGGUCAGCGACGAUCAUAUGAUGUGCAGGGUAAUAUCAUUGCAAUAUCACGGGGCACUCCACAUGCUGAAACCCAUAUGAAGAAGAAUUAUUCAGAAUACAAGACUCGCUCACAACACUGUAGAAAGUAUAUAACUGUAAAUACAAGCACUAUGUCUACUCCACAAAGUCAGAGUGCAAAUAUUCAGUCACAGGUCCUUGGUAUUAUUGAGAAGGCCAGAUCUGACCGAGCUCUGCCUAAAGACCGUCGUGAAACUUGUUAUGACAAGAGGAAAAAUGACACUCGAAGACAGAGCAAGCUUGAUAUGAUCCCUGUUGUUCCUGUGACUUUAAUGAAAGAAAAUAUUACAAAUAAGGAAUCUAGGACUGCUGUGCGUGAGAAAAAGGACAAACAUAACAAAAAUCCGGUCCGAAGUAGACGGCGAAUUUUAGAUGUACAAGAAACAUCAUCAAGUGAAGAAGAGGCCAUAAUUUCUGAUAAGGACUCAAAUAGUCAAUCAAAAUCUCAAACAUUAAUUUCAAAAAGCUCGAAGGCAAAAGUUUCAAGGAAGCGAAAAAGCACUGAGCCAUCUUCAGAUAGUGAUGAUAUUGGAAUAAAGAAAGCUCGGAGGGUGCAAAAAAAAAUAGAUGAAUCUGAAGCAGAGUCAAUCACAAGUGAGACUAAAACUAAGAAAAGUGUUCCCAACAAGAAAAAGGCCAGUUCUAAAAAGGCAGCAUCAAAAGCAUCAACUGAAUGGGGGAAAUCGGAAAUAAUGAGACUUUACAGAGCUAUAGAGCGGACGAGAGAAGAACAUCCUUACUUCUGGGAAGUUAUUGCAGAAUCUGUUGAGACAAGGACAAUGGAUGAAUGUCGCAUAUAUUAUGAAAACUCACCAAACACAGCCUCUAAGCCAGAACCCAAAACAAAGUCCAAACCUAGGUCCAAGAAAGGAAAGGCCAACUAUACAGAAACAGAAGAUGAUGACUUUUUCAAGGCAACUCCAUUUAGACCAAGCAACAACAAAAAGAGUAAGACAUUCAAUCUGACAGCAGAGGAAACCUUGACCUUUGACGAAGAAUGCCUUCCCACUCCAGGAGCUCCGCAUAAAACCCCCAUUGUGAAGGACAUUCAAAGUCUCAGAAUGGAAAAAGCUCUCAAUAAGAGCCGCCUGGGCAGACAGGAGGAAGAGGAAGAGGAGACAGUAGCCAGUGUGAAGACGAGCAAGAGCAAAACUAAAUCCAACUCACACAAUAUUGCCGGAGUGACUGCAGGGCGGGGCACCAUGAAACGCAAGGAGCAGCUACGGGAGGUCUACAACAAACAUAACAAAGGAGUGGAGGAUGACAUCUUCGAUGCCACACCUCUAAAAACAGGCACUCAGAAGAAGUCACUGCCACAGAAGUUCACACUCACAGAGGAAGAAGAGCUUGAUUUUGAAUCUGAGUAUAUGCCGACUCCAGGUAUUCGACACAAGACACCUAUCGUUACUCAAGGCUCCCGCUUCUCCCACAAGACACCCACUAGUAGUGCAAAGGCUGUCACUACCCCAUGGCUGAACCCUCUCAACAGAAAAAUGGCAGAUCAAGUCAUUGCACAGAAUCAACGGAAAGGAGGGAGACAGAACAGAGGAAAGGAUUCUAAGAAUCAAACGCCCCGAGCCAGCGGUGCUGAGAAGACAGGCCCUACCAAGUCACUGUUCAGAAAUAACACCACCCUUACAAAUCUGUUUGAAGAGGUGGAGGAAGAAGAAGAUAUGGAUGAAGAAGAAAAGGACUACUACUGGUCUGAUGAAGACUAGGAGAUUUUAAUGAUGGUUCAAGACGUGGUGUGAAAUGUCUAUAGAGCGUCAGCCGGAGAAGGAGGAACCUAGGAGGAACCCCAGAGUAAACACUCCUGCCCACCAAGCGUGAGAAGUGGUUACUGUCAGUGUUGUUGAGAGAUACAGAUUGUGAUGAAUUCCUGAAGCUCUCUCACAUAUACACUACAGUACACUCUGGAAGCUUCAGAAUGGAAAUGAAGAGAUCAUGAUUGGUUCCCUCUACAAUCUGUACAAACAUAUUUGUGUUGCUGACCAUGAUGUAGAUGGUAAUGAAGGUUAAAGAGUGACAUGGUUCAAGCCAGUAUGUAGAUCUUGAUUUGAACCUUACCUUGGUUUUCUGCAGUCUUCAAUGUGAAGGUGCUUAUCAGUCUACUUGUGAGUGAUUAUCAUAUUAUCUGGUAAUUACAAUGUAUCAUUGUUCUAUGUGUAACCAGAUGCUAUGUUGAGACUUAUGCUAGAAUUGGGUGCCGUAAAGUGGGGCAUCUUAAAUCUCGUGAAUCUGAUAAAGACACUCUUGCUUUCAAACCUAACAGGAUAGCCUAGUGGUGAAGGCAUUUGCUUCUCAUGCAUAAGGUCUGGGUUUGAUUCCCCUCAAGGGUUCAAUAUGUGUAAAUGAGCCCAUUUAUUUACCCCACCAUUGUAUUGCUGGAAUAUGGUUGAAUCUGCAUGACUGACUGACUGACUGAGUUUGGUUUUACGCCGCUUUUAGCAAUAUUCCAGCAACAUCAUGGCGGGGACACCAGAAAUGGGGAAUCUGCAUGAACCAUAAUCACUUACAGAGCUUCAUGUGUGGGAUUUUCGACAGCCAAGAUGUCCCCAUUGUCUUGACUGGUCAGAUGUUAUAGUAACUACAGAAGAUAUGUACAUGUGUCAAAGCCCUCCGAGGAACUGUAAUCAGCAAGGUGAUCAUGGGCAGCGUUUGCCACUCGAUACAAUGACAGUUGCUGGAGAAGUAAACACUCUUGUGAUGCAACAGCCACUAAGGAUCAUAUCACAGUUUACUGAGUGUUUUGUCAACACAGUGAAAUUGUAGUAGUUAAGUGAAAGUAUUCUAGACAAGGACUGUAAAUCUUUGAUCAUUUUACCAGAGUUUGCUGUUACUAUGACUACCCCGGGGAAAACCUGCAUUCACAGGUGGGAUUUCUAACCUGAUCUGAUGCACGGACAGCUGAUGGGUGUAUGGGCACCAUUUUUUACUUGUUUUAUCUGGAUAUUUAUUUUAAAGUUUUGUUAUUACUUGUAUAUUGAAUUGUAUAUUUAUUCCACUGAGUGAGUUUAUCAUGUUUAUUUAAAAUCUUUUUUUUUCAUUAUGACCUUAAUAACACACUUUUUGGAUGAUGGUGAUGCUGCUCACUAAACCUUACAAGUAAACACACGUAUAUGAUAUAUUUUAUCAAAUAUGUUUUAUUUCUCAUAAACAUCAUAAACUACUGUUUGGGUCAAAUCUUUAUACAGGCACACACAUGAUCUGAGAAGCUAGGAAAUAUGGUUAUUUGGUUCUAUGACUCUAUGUUGAAUAACUUCUGUUGAUUAUGCCAAUAUAGUAACAAGAUAAACUUGAAAACUAAUGCUAAUGUGUGACUCAUUCUGUAACUGAGGCUGUACUUAAA